AUGGUUGAAAGCAUCCUCGACGACAUCUCCCAUCGGAGAUUCAAUCCUCUCCGGGGUUCUUCUGUCUUGGUCUCUCCCCACCGCACCAAGCGUCCCUGGCAAGGAGCCCAGGAGAGUCCUUCCAAGACUACACUGCCCAAUUAUGAUCCCGCCUGCUACCUGUGUCCCGGGAACAAGCGUGCGCAGGGAGAUUCCAACCCCAAGUAUGAGAAAACCUUCGUCUUUGUGAACGAUUACAGCGCGGUCAAGGAGGAACAGGCGUCCUAUACCGCCGAGAAGGGCGAUGAUCGGGAGUCGUUCUUCCUGCAGGCUGAGCCGGUGACCGGAAAGUGCUAUGUGCUCACCUUUUCGGCGGCCCAUAACCUCACCCUGGCGGAUCUGUCGGCCGCUGAAAUCACCCCAGUCAUUGACGCCUGGACCGAGAUCUAUACGGCCCACCUGUCGCCCAAGUCGCCGUUGGCUGCCAUCGCACCUCCCACGACCUUGCCGCCUAACUCCCCUACCGCCGAUCUGGCCAAGCCCAAGGAGCAGUACCGGUAUAUGCAGAUCUUCGAGAACAAGGGAGCGGCCAUGGGAUGCUCGAACCCUCAUCCGCACGGCCAGGUUUGGACCACCAGCACGUUGCCCGAGGAGCCCGCCAUGGAAUUGGAGCAGUUGAAGAAGUACCGCAAAGAGCGCGGAGGCAAGCACAUGCUGGAGGAUUAUGCGGCCUUGGAGAGCGAGAAGAAGGAGCGCGUGGUAUUCGAGAACGACGCGUUCUUGGUUGUCUGCCCCUGGUGGGCCAUCUGGCCUUUCGAGACCAUGAUUGUCAGCAAGAAGCACAAGCGCGCCCUGGUCGACUUGAACGCCGAAGAGAAGGGCCUGCUGGCUGAAGCCAUUGCUGAGAUCACCCGACGAUAUGACAACCUGUUCGAGACUCACUUCCCCUACAGCAUGGGUAUCCACCAGGCGCCGCUCGACGGCACGGAAGAAGAGGUCGAGUCGUCGUACCUGCAUCUGCACUUUUACCCCCCUCUGCUGCGCAGCGCCACGGUGCGCAAGUUCUUGGUUGGAUUUGAAUUGAUGGGCGAACCUCAGCGUGACAUCACCCCGGAACAAGCCGCUGCCAGACUACGGGGUUGUGGAGGAGAGUUGUAUAGAAAGAAGAUGGACGCUUGA